AUGGUACCCUACUCCCCACAUAUAGUACUCUACUCCCCACAGAUGGUACCCUACUCCCAACAGAUGGUACCCUACUCCCCACAGAUGGUACCCUACUACCCACAGCUAGUACCCUACUCCCCACAGAUGGUACCCUACUCCCCACAUAUAGUACCCUACUCCCCACAGAUAGUACCCUACUCCCCACAGAUGGUACCCUACUCCCCAGUGAUGGUACCCUACUCCCCAAUGAUAGUACCCUACUCCCCACAGAUGGUACCCUACUCCCCACAGAUGGUACCCUACUCCCAACAGCUAGUACCCUACUCCCCAGUGAUAGUACCCUACUCCCCAGUGAUAGUACCCUACUCCCCACAGAUGGUACCCUACUCCCCACAUAUAGUACCCUACUCCCCACAGAUAGUACCCUACUCCCCACAGAUGGUACCCUACUCCCCACAGAUGGUACCCUACUCCCCACAGAUAGUACCCUACUCCCCACAGAUGGUACCCUACUCCCAACAGAUGGUACCCUACUCCCCACAGAUGGUACCCUACUCCCCAGUGAUGGUACCCUACUCCCCACAGAUGGUACCCUACUCCCCACAGAUGGUACCCUACUCCCCACAGAUAGUACCCUACUCCCCACAGAUGGUACCCUACUCCCCAGUGAUGGUACCCUACUCCCCAGUGAUAGUACCCUACUCCCCACAGAUAGUACCCUACUCCCCACAGAUAGUACCCUACUCCCCACAGAUGGUACCCUACUCCCCACAGAUGGUACCAUACUCCCCACAUAUGGUACCCUACUCCCCAGUGAUGGUACCCUACUCCCCACAGAUGGUACCCUACUCCCCACAGCUAGUUCCCGACUCCCCACAGAUGGUAUCCUACUCCCCACAUAUAGUACCCUACUCCCCACAGAUGGUACCCUACUCCCCACAGAUGGUACCCUACUCCCCACAGAUGGUACCCUACUCCCAACAGCUAGUACCCUACUCCCCACAUAUGGUACCCUACUCCCAACAGAUGGUACCCUACUCCCCACAGAUGGUACCCUACUCCCAACAGCUAGUACCCUACUCCCCAGUGAUAGUACCCUACUCCCCACAUAUAGUACCCUACUCCCCAGUGAUGGUACCCUACUCCCCACAGAUGGUACCCUACUCCCCAGUGAUGGUACCCUACUCCCCACAGAUGGUACCCUACUCCCCAGUGAUGGUACCCUACUCCCCACAGAUGGUACCCUACUCCCAACAGAUGGUACCUUACUCCCCACAGAUGGUACCCUACUCCCCAGUGAUGGUACCCUACUACCCACAGCUAGUACCCUACUCCCCACAGAUGGUACCCUACUCCCCACAUAUGGUACCCUACUCCCUACAGAUGGUACCCUACUCCCCACAGAUGGUACCCUACUCCCCACAGAUGGUAUCCUACUCCCCACAGAUGCUACCCUACUCCCAACAGAUGGUACCCUACUCCCCACAGAUGGUACCCUACUCCCCAGUGAUGGUACCCUACUACCCACAGCUAGUACCCUACUCCCCACAGAUGGUACCCUACUCCCCACAUAUGGUACCCUACUCCCUACAGAUGGUACCCUACUCCCCACAGAUGGUACCCUACUCCCCACAGAUGGUAUCCUACUCCCCACAGAUGCUACCCUACUCCCAACAGAUGGUACCCUACUCCCCACAUAUGGUACCCUACUCCCCACAGCUAGUACCCUACUCCCCACAUAUGGUAUCCUACUCCCCACAGAUGGUACCAUACUCCCCACAGAUGGUACCCUUUUCCCCACAGAUGGUACCCUACUCCCCACAUAUGGUACCCUACUCCCAACAGAUGGUACCCUACUACCCACAGCUAGUACCCUACUCCCCACAGCUAGUACCCUACUCCCCACAGAUGGUACCCUACUCCCCACAGAUGGUACCGUACUCCCCACAUAUGGUACCCUACUCCCCACAGAUGGUACCCUACUACCCACAGCUAGUACCCUACUCCCAACAGAUGGUACCCUACUCCCCAGUGAUGGUACCCUACUCCCCACAGAUGGUACCCUACUCCCCACAGAUAGUACCCUACUUCCCACAUAUGGUACCCUACUCCCCACAUAUGGUACCCUACUCCCCACUGGUAGAGGGUGGAACCAUUACGCAUGAAGUGUGUUGUAUAUACAGCCAGUGUGUGGAGCUCUGGUAG